AUGACAAAGGAAAGAAGGAACAACAGUCGUGCCACAAAGGGCUGUGGCCAUGUGCGGCCGAUUUGCUGCAUGAACUGUGCCCGAUGCGUGCCCAAGGACAAGGCCAUUAGAAAAUUCGUCAUUCAAAACAUAGCGGAGGCCACAGCAGUCAGGGAUAUUUCUGAAGUGUGCGUCUGUGAUGCCUAUGUGCUUCCCAAGCUGUCUGUGAAGCUACAUUACUGUGUGAGUUGUGCAAUUCAUGGCAAAGUAGGCAGCAAUUGGUCUCGUGAAGCCCGCAAGGACCAAACACUCCCACCCCAAUUUAGACCUGCAGGUGCCGCCCAACGACCCCCACCAAAACCUAUGUAA